UAUAUAUAAUGCGCAUGGAGGAGGAGGAGUUGUUGCCAGAUGAUGCUGAGUCAACCCCAAUGACCAUCAGCAACCCCCCUUCUUCCUCGGCUCUCCGCUUCCUUGGACCCAUUAAACAACCCGAAUCCGUACCGUUUGACCCGACCCGGGACGAUGACCCGCUCGAGCUUAACGAAAGCGACGUCGUCUGGUCAUUUGCCGUCUCCUCCGACUCCUACUCGUACUCCAAUUCCACCUCCCCUUCUCCGCCGUCGCACCACCAUCUCCACCGAUUCAAUCCGGUGAAAUCCGGCCUCUCCGCCGCCCUCUCCGAUGAACACCACAACCUCAUCCGCCGCAAAUCCACCGCCAACCCUAAGAAAAUUCACCCAGCGAUGCGGAAGGAGGAUGCUCACAUUCCGGCAAAGUUCCGCCAGUCCGCUCCGGUGAACGUACCGUUAUGGCCGAGGGAAUUCCGUGGCAAAUCUGAAAAGGAGAAUUGGUUUGAUGCGGUGGAGGACGACGAUGAGGUGGCAGGGGAAGAGGAGAUGGUGCCGCCUCACGUGAUCGUUGCCAGGUCGCACGUGACACACUCGGUGUUCGAAGGCGCGGGGAGAACGCUGAAAGGACGGGAUCUCCGCAGCCUCCGCAAUGCCGUUUUCCAGAAAACAGGUUUCAUUGAUUGAUCCCCAAACAAAAUUGGAUGGAACAUAACCACAAAUUUUGAAGCUUUUUAUUCUCUGUUAUCAAAAUGUUUCUCUGUCUUUUUUUUUUUUUUUUUUUUUUUCUUUUUCUUUAUGAAUUUGUAUGUUUCAUUGUUUUGAGUCAAAUAAGCUGUGCCUUGUUUGGUAAAUACCAGGUUGUACCGUACGAUUAUCGAUUAUCCAUUGUGUUGAAAACUCGGUUUUUUGUUUUAAAAUUUGUUAUCUGGUAAA